CGCUCCCGCCUCUGUGCCCAGCUGCAGCAGCCCCGCGCCCCCGGCCCGUUCCGGUUCUGUCUCUCUGUGUCUGUGCCCUCUCGUCCGAGCGCUGCGCUGCGCUUCCCCAGUCGGUAGCCCCCGCAGCCUAUGGCCCUGGAAGGCGCCGCUGCCGCCGCCUGUAUUUCUGCUGUAGGUUCCCACAUCCCUCUUUAAAAAUUCCGCCGAAAAAGAGAAGACGAUUUACCAAAUCUUUCGGGCCGUUAUCUCACGGCAAAAUCUCUGAUCAAGUUUACAACUAUCCAGAGGGCUUAGGAGAAGUGCUUUAUAGAGAACAGUUCGACUUCAACGCUGAGCCACCUUGGGAACCUAGCUGAUGAUAGUAGGGUUCCAUCUCCUAACUUGUCCAUUUUGUUGCAUAAUUUAAGGACCCGGAUAUAAGGCUUGGAAGCCCAUCCCUUGUGUUUCUUGGUUUAUGACUGUCGGCUUUGUGGAAUACGGCUGAGAUGAAAGGAUUUCUUGAGGAUGCAAAUUACUCCAUUGGUCUGUUGGAUGAAGGAGCAACUCUUGCAGAUGUUAUUGACAACUGUAUUUAUGAACACACUCAUACUGGAAAAAGAGCAUUUUAUGUUGGUGAUCUUGGAAAGCUUGUAAAGAAUAACAUACAAUGGCAGAAUGUGAUGGCACCAAUAAAACCAUUUUAUCCUGUAAGAUGCAAUUCUACUCCAGGUGUACUCGAAAUUUUGGGAACCCUUGGCGUUGGAUUUGCAUGUUCCAGUAAAUCUGAAAUGGCAUUGGUACAAGACCUGGGUAUUUCUCCUGAAAACAUAAUAUAUACAAAUCCUUGCAAGCAAGCUUCUCAGAUAAAGUAUGCGGCAAAAGCUGGGAUAAACAUCAUGACUUGUGACAGUGAUACUGAGCUGAAGAAGAUUGCACGUAACCAUCCAAAUGCUAAGCUCUUACUGCACAUUGCCACAGAAGACAUUACUGCUGAUGAGGAGAUGAAUAUGAAGUUUGGCACCACCCUGAAGAGCUGUAGGCACCUCAUGGAAUGUGCUAAGGAGUUGGGAGUCCAAAUAGUUGGUGUCAAAUUUCAUGUUUCAGGCUCUUGCAAGGAACUGCAAACGUACAUUCAUGCUAUAUCUGAUGCUCGGUGUGUGUUUGACAUGGCUGAAGAAUUUGGCUUUAAGAUGAACAUGUUGGAUAUUGGUGGGGGCUUCACAGGUUCAGAACUUCAGCUGGAAGAGGUUAAUCACGUCAUCAGGCCAUUGCUGGAUGUCUACUUUCCUAAGGAAUCUGGUGUUAAUGUGAUUGCAGAGCCCGGGUACUACUACGUUUCAUCUGCAUUUACACUGGCAGUUAACAUCAUUGCAAAGAAGACUGUUGAGUAUGAUAAACUUCUUCCUUCUGGAAUGGAGCAAACCAGGAAUGAUGAUGAACCAGUAUUUACGUAUUACAUAAAUGAUGGUGUUUACGGUUCUUUUGCAAGUAAAUUGUCUGAGAAACUGAAUACUAUCCCAGAGGUUCACAAGAAAUACAAGGAAGAUGAGCCUCUGUUUGCAAGCAGCCUUUGGGGUCCAUCCUGUGAUGAGCUUGAUCAAAUUGUGGAAAACUGUCUUCUUCCUGAGUUGAGCGUUGGAGAUUGGUUGAUCUUUGAUAACAUGGGUUCUGGUACCUUAGGUGAACAGUCUACCUUUAAUGACUAUCAGAGGCCACUGAUUUACUACAUGAUGUCUUUCAGUGACUGGGAUGAGAUGCAAGAUGCUGGAAUUGCUUCAGACACAUUGAUGAAGAACUUCUUCUUUGUGCCUUCGUGCAUUCAGCUGAGUCCAGAAGACCGCUUUUCCACUGCAGCUUAAACAGGCAUUAACGCUUCAUUUAGACCUGCAGUUGCAAGUCUGUAGUUUGUCUGGUCAACAUUCCAGUGUGGAAGAAAUGGAACAAUCUUGAAUUCAAUUCAUUCUCUUCAAAACUUGAAAAAAAAUUAGUAAUAGCUAAUGGGGACCAGGCAAAACAAGCUACAGGUACAAUUCACGGGGGGUGGGAGGGUUAGAUAAUGGUGUCCAAAUUUAAAAUCAAGUUCAUUCAACCCCUGAGCGUUUAAAUAUGCAACAAAAUGGAUGACUUAGUGGAGAUGGAAACCCAUCACUUGGGUUCUUCAACAGUUUACAUACAAGUACACAGUUUUUAUACUAAGGAUUCCUGUUAGAAAAGUCUUGUAAAGUUAUUGUCUUUCGCCCAGAUAUAUCAAAUGUCAGUGGGAGACCAGUGUGACUUCAUUAGAUGUUUAGUGUAUUUAGAAUGUGUAAAUUUGUGCUUUGAACUGUAGUUUAAUAAAUGUAAAAUUGCAUCAUAGUAUUUGUUGUAUCUGACCCUUGAUGUAUCCCCUGUAUGACUGCAAUAAAACUUUGUGUAGAUUUUA